AUGUUCUUCCAAGUCAUCAUAAACUCAUUUUCGGGGUUUGGCCCAUUCUGUAUAUUGUUUACAGACAAUGAGCCAUGUACAGUAUUUGAUUUAAAGCGAAAAUUAGCAAAGACAAUCACAGUGGGUGUUGAAGAACAGAAAAUUCGAUCGCUGGGAGGUAAACUUUUGACAGAUUCCGUUGACCUUUUCCAAAGUUAUGGUGUACAACGCGGUGGACCACCUAUCAUUCUUAAUUUGACAGUGAGAUUGGUUGGAGGAAGACUUCAUCCACAAUGCCAACAGCUACCGUCAGAAUUACAAGAGGAAGAGUCUUCAUUAAGGUUUGGCAAAAAAUUAAACCAUUGUGACUUGACGGAAAAUGACCCAUGCCAUGAUGACCAAACAGCAGUCAAAAAGAUAAAACUUGACAGCCCUGAUAUUAGACCCACAUUACAGCAACACAGUUUAAAUACAACUGCAACCACAUUUACAACAGCAACAAUGGCUAAAGCGAAAGGCAAAGAAAGACUUUCGAGGAAGCGUAAAGCCAUACUCGAUUAA